AUGUGGCUUUGUGUUAUAAAUUUGUUCUACCGGGGUUUUGUGCUAAGCAUUGUGGCAAAUGUGCUUUGGUAUACACCACAACUUGCAGUAAAUAAGAUUAUGACUGGAAAUAUCACACAGUGCCAUGAUAAGAUAAAGCAUGAAGCUGAGAUCAAUGGCAACAUUAAGAUUUUUACAGAAGUUGAGAUUGAAAGAAUUACUAGAAACUUUAGCACUCUUAUCGGAAAAGGUGGCUUUGGAGAAGUUUAUAUGGGAAUCCUUGACGAUGACAAUGAGCCUGUAGCAGUGAAGAAAUAUAUCAAUGAAGAUUUGAGAGAAGUGUUUAUGGAAGAAGUACGUAUCCAUAGUAAAAUUAGCCACAAGAAUGUGGUGAAGCUCAUAGGCUAUUGCAUUGGGGAACGUACUCUCAUGAUUGUAAUGGAGUAUAUGUCCAAAGGAAAUCUCAAUGACAUACUCCACUACAGUGAAAUUUCGAUCCCUUUGGAUGGAUGUCUUACUCCAAGGAGUGAUGUUUAUAGCUUUGGAUUAGUUCUCUGUGAACUAAUAGCUAGAGAAAGGGUAAGAAAAGGUGACAUUAACCUCAUUGGAUAUGUCAAUAAAGGCUGUGCAAGUGGUAAAGGGUUUAGAGAAAUAUUUGAUGCUGCAAUAGCAAAUGAGAACAACAUGAAGAUUCUUAAAGAAAUGAAGAAAUUGGCAAUUGAGUGCCUAUCACUGAUCAGUUAUAGGCGUCCUCAGAUGACUGAUGUGGUCAAACGCCUUCGGAUUCUGAGAAAAGAAUUGAAGGACAGACAUGAAAAUUAUUCAGAAUCAAUUUUGGCAUCACACCAUUCAUGGCGCAGAAACAACAGGCAAGAGAUAAUCAUGCCCACCUAUAAUUCUAAGAUGCAGAUUAAGAAGAGUUUGGUCUUUUUGAAGAGGAACCUUAGCAAUUCUAAGAUUCAAUCAGAACCCAGCAAUGUGAGAAUUCUCACACAGGAGGAGCUAAAAGAAGUCACACAUAAUUACUCUUAUCUACUCAGUGGAGGUACUUCAGGUAGAGUUUACAAAGGGACACUUGAGGACAAUACAGUGGUAGCAGUGAGAAUAUUUUCUCAAGUACUUGAGGGCUUUGAAGAAGCGUUUAUCAAUGGUGGGAUGAUCCUGUCUCAAAUAUUCCAUAGGAACAUCAUCAAACUUUUGGGAUAUUGCCCGGAUGCUGAUUGCCCAGCUUUCAUGUAUGAGUUUGCUGCUAAAGGUAGUUUAUCUGAUGUCCUGGACAGGCAUGAAGACUUCCCACUAGAUUUACGUGCAAAGAUUGCAGUAAAAAUUGCAGAAGCAUUAGAAUACCUCCACUCAUCAGCAACUGGUAUUAUCAGACACGGUUAUGUGGUACCAUCCAAGAUACUUCUAGAUGAUAAUUUCAUGCCAAAGCUCACUGGCUUUUCAUGGGCAAGGAAGUUUAUCAAGGAGAGUAACAUUAUUGCCAGCGACGAUGCAAUUACUAGUCAUCAGCUUCCAUCAAGCAGGUUCUACGACGACCUAAUUCACGAUCACUGUGUGUCACUAAAAGUGAAAACCGAUGUAUACCAGUUUGGUGUCCUUCUCUUGACGCUUAUUAGUAGGAAGAACUUUGUAUUUUAUGCCGAUCAUGAUGACCUCAUUUCACAAUUCCGCACAGCUUGCCUGGCAGAUGGCAGUGGAAGGACAUUUUUUGAUGAUGAUAUUGCAGUUCAUGGUGGAGAUAUUGUUCUGCUUGAAGAGAUGGGGAGGCUAUCGCUGAAGUGUAUUUGUGAGGAAAUAGAUCGGAGACCAACAAUGAAAGAAGUGGCAGAACACCUUCGAAUAAUCACGAGAUCUUGGAAGAAGUGCUCUUCAGAUGGAGCUACACCGGUAUCCAAAACCGUAACUAAAUCUCAUAUCACCGGAGCUGAAGGCACUAAACUUGACAGGCCACUUAGUUCAGAUAUUAGAGAUUGGCCAUAA